AUGCCGCAGCACCAACCAACUGUGAUGGAACCUGCUCUCAGCUGCAACAGUGGCAAUGGUAAAGGCAACUGUGACUAUGAUGUCAUAAGCUGGUUUGAAGAUGUAUCUCAGAACGCUGGUUAUGUUCAGACUCAGUUGCUGUGCCAGAUUCUGAAGCAAAACUAUGGGGUGGAAUAUCUCAAGAAAUGGUUGGGGAACUACAAUAUCCUUGAGAUGGACGCAUGUGCAUUAGAAUCCCUUUUCUCUUCUGUGGUUCCCAUUUCCUCCCAUGCUGACUUUGAGCCAUUUAUCCAAAGGAUUGCAGAUGGGGACACUGGUCCUUUACUCACUCAACAACCCAUAACCACUCUUUCCUUAAGUUCUGGAACAACAGAGGGAAGGCAGAAUGUCUAUGCUAGGAGAGAGCUGAAGGAGACAUUGAAAUGA